ACUGAGGGAAAAAUCCCGUUGCGAAAUCAAGCACGUAUGUUGUCAUUUUCGCAACGACCCGUUGUUAUAUUUUUCAACAACGGCUGUUGGUGAAUUGUGCACGAACGUGCUCAAAUUGACACCGAGACGUGGUCAACUUUCGGUACCAACAACAGCCGUGCUUAAUUUGUCCAUUUGUAAUAUUGGUAAUUGCAGCCGAUUACACACGAGUAAAAAAUGACAACGGUGGUGCAUGAUUCACACACGGUCGUUGUCAAUAUGACACCGGUCGUGUAUGAAUUAUGCACCACCACCUGCAUAAUGAUGCACCACCGUUGUUACUUUGUACACCGACGUGCAUGAAUCGUACACGAUCGUUGCCAUUUUAGCAACUACCGUGUAUGAAUCAUGCACCACCGUUGUCAUUUUUUUUACUCGUGUGCAAUCGGCUGCAUAUUUACCAUUUUUUUCCGUGUUAUUGAAAGAGAAAGGACGCAUUGUGCAAAAAAUUUAUUGAAAAUGAAUAAUAAUUCGCAAGAUCCUCAAAAUAUCAUUGGUGAGUUGUUAGAAAUCGAUGGCAAUAUUGUUGUGGUUCGCGAUACAAACCAUUGCAGCAGUCAAGAUGCGGAAAACAAUGAGGACGAUUAUAUGUUAAGGGAGUUCUUAAAAGGAAUAAAUAUGGAGUCGCUUUUUGAACAAUUAAAAGCAUCACAUGUAACAUUUCGCAGCUUGCAGUACUUGAAAAAAGAAGAUUUAAAGGAAGCAGUGCCACCAUUGGGACUGCGUGUUGAAUUCAGAGAAAAGCUCUUUGCUUGGAAAAAACGAAAGCUCGGGAUUGAUGACGAAACUAUGUCAGUUCCAUCUAAAAUAGGUGAAUGGUGGAAACGCAACGAGACACCUGCAAGUACUCCUGGUACUCCCGACACUACAGGUUCGAACUGCUCAAAAGCCAAAGGAAUUUUGUCAGAGGAUCUAACGGAAUUGUUAACACAUACCUCGAAGGGGAAACUAGCGCUUGAAUGUAGUAGCGUUAAUAAGAAAUUAAGUGACGAGCAAAGAGAUGAUAUAAUUAAUAUAAUUAUUGAAGAUAUUUUAACCAACAAUGUUACUCUUUACACUCAAGACUAUAUGCGCAUAUUGGAUGAAAUUUGUUCCGUUUUUCCUCUUGAAAACGAAAUGAGGGUAAGAUUAACAAUAUAAACAACGUAUCUGAUUAUGUAGUUUCUUAACUUAUAAUAUGUCUUUAUUUUUAGGAUUAUUAUUACAUUUCAAGAAAAGGAAAGAACAACGCAAGCGGAAAACUUUAUGCCAAGUAUAGAAACAAGAAGUCCAAAAGAAUAAAGCUUUUGAUUUCCGAGCCUAGCACAAGCAAAGCAGCAACUCACACAUCUCCUAAUUUUUGUAACAAAGAUGUUCCCGAAAUUGAUGAAUCAGUUGAAAAUUCAUUGAAAGCUUCCUUACUAAGAGAAUGUAAUGAUUGGGGAUCGAUCUGCGAAAAAUGGAAAAGAUCUUUUAACAUACGGCAAAGAGAUAUAAAAAAUUUAAGUAGCCAUACAUUUCUCCUUGAAUGGACGAAGUUGUCCGAUGCAAGAGCUUCAGAAUUGGUAAGUAGCCAUGAGCUAUUUAUUUGUAUAUGGAUACUAAUGUUUCGUUUUAGGUCAACAUUGAUUUCGAUAUUAUGUAUCCACAGAAAGGCAAUCUUCUACUUUCUAAAUGGGACCAAUUUAAGAAAAAAAUUUACAAUUAUUAUGGGAAAAAUAUUCAUAACGAACAUUGCAAACAACUCUUCGCAAAUGUUUUGACGGCAAGCAGCAUAGAUGCUCAAGAUUAUAUAUACGCAAUACUGUUGAAUUCAGUUUUACCAUCACCUGCUAGGUUUAAAUGUGGAAACGGUAAAUUACGAAAAAAAGUAACAAUAGCUGAUUCGCAGGAAAGUUUCGUACUGCGACUACCGACAAUUAACGAUUAUAAAAGGCAAAUUGAUACAGUCACUGAAAAGUAUUACAAUGCUGGAUUAACUAUACAGCCAUUUAUAAUUGUGGAGGGUUUGUCCGAUUUCAAUAUAAAAGGUUUUUAUGUUUUUUUUAACCACAAUUUGUUAAAAUUUCAAUCGUUCCUCGAAUGUUUAGAUACAUGUUUUAAAAUUUUUCAUGCACUUUCUUUAAAAUAUCCAAAUGCCUGCCAAAUUCCAUGGAUUUUUAUCCAAAAAUAUUUUUAUGAAAUUAAUACUGUAUAUGAUAUAAAAUCAGUUAAUUUGACUUCACUUAUUAAUUUCUGCAACAAUAAUUAAAGUACAAUUCAAAAUGUAUAUUUGCUUUCGUUGCCGUAAGCAUUUUGAUAAGGCAAAUCUUUUAAUAGCUCAUUUGAAAACAGACCAUUUAAUGUCCACUAAAUUUUUAAAAGUACAAUGCGUUCAGGA